CUGCAGCCUGCUCUGCUGCACCCUCUUCGCCUAGGAAAGUGUUAAAGAACUGAGGCCCCUUACAGAAGAUUUAGGCUGGAGGAGGACCUGAGGAUGCUGGAGCAUUAUCUAUAGAUCAGGAUCAGGACUGUCUACAAGGGUCACUUGAAUGUGAUCUCUGAUAACCUGGUCACAAUCUGGUCACCUUUGUUUUACUAAGACUGAACAGAGAAGAUGCAAAAGUCACUUUACUACGACAACUCAGGGUCUUUUGCAGGCUGUGGCUUCCAAGACGCCAGUACCAUGAACUAUCUUCCACAACAGACUUAUGACAACGACUACGAAGCUUCCUACUGCCUGGGAACCAACUCCAGCAACACUAACAAUAAAAGCGAGCCCUCUAUGAAGAGCCUGAACUUCCAUCUGUCUGAUGUCUCAGAACAAGCCCAGAAACCCAAGUCACCCAACUCAGCGUCCCCUAACCCCAAAUCCACUGCCACUCAGAGCUGCCCCUCCCAGCCCAGUGCUGGAACAGAGCCUGCUGAAGUCACUGGCACCAAGAAGAGCAGCAAGAAUAACAACCUACCCAAACAGAUCUUCCCCUGGAUGAAAGAAACGCGUCAGAACGCCAAACAGAAGAAGCAGACCCCUCCCCCAACAGAAGAGGAGAACUCACCGGACAGCAGCUUUAUAAGUUCUGCCUCCAAAAGGGCCAGGACAGCCUAUACAAACUCUCAGCUGGUGGAGUUGGAGAAGGAAUUCCAUUUCAAUCGUUAUCUCUGCCGUCCAAGGAGGCUGGAAAUGGCCAAACUACUUAACCUAUCAGAGAGGCAAAUCAAGAUCUGGUUCCAGAACAGGAGAAUGAAAUACAAGAAGGACCACAAGGGGAAAGGUGGGGGUGUCUCUCCUGGGGGGCAGUCUCCUAGCAGAAGUCCUUCACUCCUGCCAUACUCCAACCCUCUCUCCCUGGAGGAUGACCCUGGCUAUGAAGUGCCCAUGGCUAACGAGUUCAACAAGAGUCCUGGUAACAUGUAUGGCUUAACUGCUUAUUCUGCCCCUCUGUAUGACAACCCUCCUGCUCACAAAGGAUACAACCAGCCCAUGACCUCUGAGUAUGAUCACCCCACAAUGCAUGGGGAGGCCUCAGGCUAUGACAACCCUGGAUUACAGGGCAGCCAGAGUUACAUUGGAGGGAAUUACCUGGAGAAUGGGCCUGGAAGCUGCUCAAUCUUCAAUAUGCCCCAUCCUUCUUCAGAUGGCAUUGACUACAGCUGUGCUGCACAGACACCAAGCAAACACCAUCUUGGGCCCUGUGAUCCACAUCCCACCUACACAGACUUAAGCAUACAUCCUGUGCCUCAGGGGUGUUCCCAGGAGCCUCCAGUGCUGACACAUCUGUAGACUUGUCUACCCUUUGAAACAUAAAGGCAAUUUAGCCUGGCCCAUUAUGUCAUUAAAAACAAGUAAACCCACCACCAACAUUAUGCCUCGACCCCCUUACAUCUCCUAUGUAUUUAUUAAACUAUGCACAAUACAGGGACUAUGCAUGAAGAGCAAUGCCACAUAAGCAACCAAUUAGACAAAACUCCCUUACCCUCUUCUGUAGUGUAAACUUAAUGGCUGGGGAUGGAAA